AUGUACGUCGCCAAGAGCGGAACCUUUGACGAGAACAAUUCUCUGCUGAAGCUUGGUCGCGUCAGACUGUCCUUUGAUCCCAAUCCAUUUGACAGCAAAUCAUUCGAGCAGAGACUACUUCUCAACGACGGUUACGUCAAAUACACUGGCGAAGACAAUGCAACUGCGAAGAUUUGGGUUGACGUCUUCAACCCUGUCGUGCACAUUGGGGUCGAUAGCCCUGAGAAGAUCGCCGUCAAGGUCGCCUACGAAAACUGGCGCUACGAAGACCGCGAAAUCAUCAAUGAGGAGCGCAACCAGGGCUCAUGGGGCAUCUACACCUCCAAGAUCGCAAACGGCACUACCUACGCCGACAAGAUUGCCUUCCAUGAGAAUGGUGUACUUAUGAGCCAUCGUAAUGAGAAGUUAGAUCUAUGGAACUUUCAGAUGAAACAGCAAGGACUUGAGAAGUACUCUGAUAAUAUGUACAACCCCAUGCGCCACAAUGAGUUUGGCAUCUUUGUCCAUUCCGAGGAAUUGAAACCGGGUGUCGUCACAAAUGGUCACUACAUCAACACUACUUACAAGGCUUGGAAUCUUGAGACCAAAUCACCUAGCAAAUCCUUCAAGGUUACAUUGUCAAUGUAUCAGGCUCAGACCAAGAGUCACGAUGAGUGGUACAAAGGACUUCAGAAGGUGAUCAAGUCGGCAGUCAAGAACACCCAGGACAAAAGGGCGAGAAGGAUGCAGGCUUCCAGGUCGGCAAAAUUUAUCAGAUCUGGCGAUACCUUAUGGGGUGCAAUGCCAAGGGCGACUGGCCCACCAAGUUCAAUGGUGGUCUUUGGACUUUUGAUCCCAUUUAUGUCAAAUGUGUUCGAGUAUAAUGCGCAGUGGUACGAUGAUGAUGCUAAUACUCCGCGACCUGACUUCUUUCCUAAUGGUGAGUUGUGGAAUGUCUGGCUGAACCAUGUGAAGGAUACGGCCAAUGAGUUCGCCGAUAUGAUCCUGCAGGCCAACAUUUACUCUGGCUUCGACGUAAAGCCAUACCUCGAAUUCAUCGAGUAUCAACUGGCUUGGUUUGACAAAUUCUAUACUCGGGAGAUGCAGAAGCGCAACCCUUGGCCCUUAACCGGUAUGGCUGGCAACGAAUCUCUGGUCAUAUAUCCAGGCUCUGGUGCCGAGACAUACAAAGAGUCAUACAACCCCGUCUCCACUCUCGCUGGUCUACGUCAAGUCGUCAAAGAUCUCCUCAUUGUCGACGAGUAUUCGCUCCAAAACAAGACUUACUACACCAAAUACCUGGCCAAGAUCCCUGUGAACACUUUACGACAGCAACAAGGCCACACUUGCAUUGCUCCCGCCGAAGCAUACACACGCGUUCAAAACAGCGAAGUCCCUCAACUUUACACUGUCUUCCCUUGGCCCGACUACGGUCUCGGCCUUCCCAACCUCACGCACGCUAUCAACACUUAUCUUUACGAUACUGAGACAUUCUCAUUUCACGGCAACACUGGCUGGAAGCAGGAUGUGAUCUGGCUUGCGCGAAUGGGCUUCACAGCCAACGCGACCGCCAUGACAGAGGAGCGGUAUGCACCAAGCAAAGUGUGCAAGUUUCCAACUUUCAAGGGCCCUAACUUCGAUUGGACACCGGAUUUGAAUCACUACGGUUCUGCAGCCAUUGGACUGCAGGAGCAGCUCAUUCAGACUUUUGUCGGAAAUGACAUUAGGUUGCUUGCUGCUUGGCCCAAGUCUUGGGACGCGCGAUUCAAAAUUUGGGCUCCGCAUAAUACCACGGUCGAGGGUAUCGUGAAGGCCGGUAAGAUGGAGAAGCUCACGGUCCUGCCCAAAUCUCGCAACAGCGAUGUCAUUGUUGGUCAAGAUUGA